GCAGACAGGGAGAGCGAUGGUGUCAUCGGCCGCUCUCUUCCCGGCCGCUGCGACGAUGACGUCAUCGCGCGCUCUCCCCGGCCGCGCCUAUAAAUAGAGCGAGACGCCGCCUGAAUCUUAUUGUUCGCGCCACUCAAAAUGAAGCGCGUGUUUGGCCGAGGAAAACAGCCCAAAGACUCCGAACCCACCCUGGCGGACUGCAUAACGCUGACCGAUUCACGGGCAGAGUCUUUAGAGAGGAAAAUAUCCAGGCUUGAUGCAGAGCUGUUGAAGUACAAAAAGCAGAUGGAAAGAUUGCAGGAUGGUCCAUCAAAGAACCUGGUGCAGCAGAAAGCCAUGCGAGUUCUCAGACAGAAGGUCAUGUACGAGGAGCAGAGGGAACAGCUGAUGGAGCAAUCCUUCAACAUGGGGCGAGCCAGGGACUCCAUUCAGGCCCUCAAAGACACUAAAACAACUGUGGAAGCCAUAAAGGCCGGGCUCAAGGAAAUGAGGGAGGCACACAAGAACGUGAAGAUCGGCCAGAUUGAAGCUCUUCAAGAUCAGAUGGAGAAAAUGAUACUGGAUGCAAAUGACAUCCAGGAGGCUCUCAGCCGCAGGUACUCAAUGCCAGAACUGGAUGAGGAUGAUCUGAAAGCGGCGCUGGGAGCACUCGGGGAUGAGCUCAGUAUAGACGAUGACACCUCUUACCUCGACGAGUUCUUUGCAGCUCCAUCUGUACCCUCAGGAGUGCCAGGAGAGAGCAGCACCUAUCAGGAUGAAGUGCUCACGGAUGAACUUGCCCUCCCGGAUGUUCCAGAAACAUAUUAACUAAACAUAAUUAACCCGACCCACACCCCACCUUCACCCCUCAAAAAAAAAUUGUGAA